AUGUCAACAUCCGACGCCAAGCUGCCGUCCGGUAACGGUGCUUUAGUGGUCAAGAAACCACCGGCGAAGGACCGACAUAGUAAGGUUGAUGGCCGUGGUCGCCGUAUCCGUAUGCCUAUCAUCUGCGCCGCUAGGGUUUUCCAGCUCACCCGUGAGCUUGGUCACAAGUCUGAUGGUCAGACAAUUGAAUGGUUGCUCCGGCAAGCGGAACCCUCGAUUAUCGCUGCUACCGGCACCGGCACAAAUCCAGCUAGCUUCUCCAGUGUUUCAGUUGCGCUGCGUAACUCCAAUGCCAAUUGCUCCCUCUCCGCCGCACUGGAUCAGAAGCCCCCUUCCCAACACCUGUUCUCUCCGACUCCAUUUAUACUCGGAAAACGACUUCGGGCGAAUGAAGAUGGUCUUGACGGACACAAAGAAGAUCAUAAUAUGUCUUCCGGUACAGUCACCACCGCCACCCCUGGAGGAUUCUGGGCUCUUCCAGCCAGGUCAGAUUUCGGUCAGGUGUGGAGCUUCGCAGCGCCGGAGAUGGUCGUGCCGUCACCUCUAGCGAUGUCUUCGCAACAAGGGAGGUUCAUUCACCAGGAACAAACAAUGGGAGAGCGUCCCUUUCCGGGCCACCACCGCCGUCGUCUGGCCGUAGAGAAGACGAUACUCGCUGAAAUCAUCAUCUGGCGAUGAUAACUCGACAAUGGGGAUAGAUUGAAGAUAGAGGAUUUGCAGAAAGGACCGCCAUUUUUACUCUGUUGGACCCCAUUCCCAUUCCUGAUGAAGCUUGUUGGCUAUGGUGAUGAACAAGUGUGAUUUGAUAAUCUCGAUCGCAAUUUCUCGACGAAUUUGCAUCUGGUUUUUGUUUUGCCUCUCACCCUGUUCUUGAAAUUGGAUGGGGAUGGGAGGGGAGGGGGUGGUUCUUCUCCAUAUAUUCCAUGUUUUUUCAAGCUUUUUUAUUUCUUUUUGGAAAGUUUAUAUUCAAUUAGAUUAAUAUGUACGUGUGUGGGAAUAAUGUAAUGUAAUUUUGAAUUAGUUUUUUGUUUUGAAUAAAGAAAGACCCAAUCUCCUAGUUAUAUUAGGCUUAAAGAAACUUGUUGGCUAUGGUGAUGAACAAGUUUGGGAUUUACCCUUUUUGCAAUUUUGAUUUAUUUCAUGUUUUGCAUAUGAGGUGUUUGUGCUCUUGUACAUUUCCACCAUGACUUGUUCGUUUUGAAAUGAAAACGAG